AUGGUUUUAAGUAAACACAUUGACGCUUAUGAUCUCGAGUAUGAGUUAUUGAGAGACUCACAUAAAGUGAAAUUGACAUCGGAUGAAUUCAAUGAUGAGUACAAUUCAUCCAAAUUGGUUCCAAGAUACGUUAUUCCUGAAAAAUCAGCUAGUGAAGGUGACAUUUACAAGUACUUGAAUCAGGAAUUGGCGUUGGAUGGUAUCCCCACUUUAAACUUGGCUUCGUUUGUAAACACUUAUGUUGAUGAACAUCAAAAGAAAUUGGCGGUUGAGAACUUGACCAAGAACUUAGCCGAUAAUGAUGAGUAUCCUUCUUUGAUUGAUAUUCAAAACAGAUGUGUUACCAUGUUGAGUAACUUGUGGCAUGCUCCUCACAAGACUGACCCAAAGACCGGUGCCAAGAUUGUCAACUCCUUGGGAACUGCAACCACAGGAUCUUCAGAAGCAAUCAUGUUGGCCGGAUUGGCUUUGAAAAAGAGAUGGCAAGAAAAGAGGAGGGCUGAAGGUAAAUCCACCGAAAAGCCAAAUAUUUUGAUGGCUACUUGUGCCCAAGUUGCGUUGGAGAAAUUUGCUGUUUAUUUCGAUGUUGAAAAUAGAUUGAUUCCAAUCAACCCCGAGUCUGGUCAUUUGAUUGAUACCACCAAGAUCAAAGAAAAUGUAGAUGAAAAUACCAUUGGUAUUUUUGUGAUUAUGGGAUCUACAUUCACUGGUGCUUUUGAACCAGUUGUUGAAAUUUCCAAGAUUUUGGAUGAAGUGGAAAAGGAAAAAGGAUUGAAUAUUAGGAUCCACGUUGAUGGUGCUAGUGGUGGAUUUGUCGCUCCAUUUGCUUUCCCUCAUUUGAAGUGGGAUUUUGCUGUUGAUCGUGUUGAUUCGAUAAAUACCUCGGGUCAUAAGUUUGGGAUGACUUCUGUUGGAUUGGGUUGGGUUAUAUGGAAAGAUGAAAGUUUGUUACCUAAGGAGUUACGUUUUAGUCUUGAUUACUUGGGUGGUGUUGAAGAAACAUUUGGUUUGAAUUUUUCAAGACCAGGAUUCCCAGUGAUUUUGCAAUACUACAAUUUCUUGUCAUUUGGUAAAGAAGGGUAUACCAAGAUUUUUGAUGGCUGUUUAUCCAAUGCUCGUUUGCUUUCCAAUUACUUGGACAAGAGUACUUAUUUUGAUGUGGUUUCAGUUAUUCAUAAAUCAGCCACUCCCGAGGAGCAAAAGAAGCUCUACACUAGAGAAGUCAAGCACUUGCCAUCAUUGACUGUUAACGAAUCAUUCCAACCAGGUUUACCUGUUGUUGCUUUCAGAUUCUCCAAGGAAGUUAGAGACAAGUAUCCUGAAAUUCCUCAAGAGUUAUUUUCGACUUUGUUGCGUAAACGUGGAUUCAUUGUCCCUAAUUAUCACUUGCCACCAGAUGAAACCAAUGUUGAGAUUUUACGAGUUGUUGUUCGUAAUUCUCUUAGUUUGGCGCUUUUGGAGAAAUUGAUUGAAGAUUGUACUGAUAUUAUUGAAUUGUUGGUUAAAUCAGCUGAAUCUGUUAGAGAAAUCUUGUCAAACAAAGAAGAAGCUUCAGAACACAAUACGUCAACUAUUCAUGACUUGUUGUUGAGUAUUGCUUCCGGUGGUCUUCAACCAAUUAGACAAAAGCAACAUGAAAGAGAUGGCCAUAAAGCUGGUGUUGCUAAGAAGUCGUACCGUGGAACGUGUUAG